GCCCGACUCCGCCCUCCCCAUUCACCAAAUACCAAGUCUCAACUCUGAAUCCUCUAUCACUGCCUUCUCUCAUCGCAUUUCACGACAACACAACAAGGCUGCACAAAACCAAACCCCCCAAGAAAACAAAAAAGGAAAAGAAGAAAAUGCCACCGUUUGUAAGUUCUGAAGCAGAUGGAGGUGUGCUUAAAUGGCAACCCAACAUAGUAACCAUCGACGUUGGUGGGCAGCUCUUCCAAACGACGAAGCAAACGCUAACUUCAGCAGGUCCCAAAACCUUCUUCUCAAGAAUCGCCGAAGCAUCAUCACCGUACUACGCACCCUUUGUCGACAGAGACCCCGAAAUCUUCUCUCUCCUCCUCUCUCUCCUCCGCACCGGCAACCUCCCUUCCAAGGCCAAAUCAUUCGAUCUCCAAGACCUAAUCUUGGAAUCCCAAUUUUAUGGCAUCGAGAAUCUCCUCGUUAAUUCUCUCUCAAGCCCCUCUAAUUUCGAGCCCUUCAACCUCCACAAAUCGCUCUUACUGCCCUUGAACGGAAGGGAUUCCCCUUCCACCAUCGCCACCACCCGAUACGGUUCCGUCCACGUGGCCCACGGUUCCAAGAUCACCACCUUUGACUGGUCCCUCCGCCGAAAAUCUACCAUCCUCACCCACUUCACAGCCGUGGACUCCCUAUUGGCGCUAUCUCCCUCGUUAGCCGCCGCCGGCGCCACCGAUUUCUCCGGCCUGCAGAUCCUCGACCUCAAUAAGGGACACGUAAGAGAAACCCUAACUUGGGAAAACGUGACGAGAUCGGGUUCAACCGUUCAGGCCAUUGGUUCCUCGCGGGAGGAACUCUUCGUCAGCUUCGAGUCUUCUCGCCGGAACUCGAACACCAUCGUUGUCUACGAUCUUCAGAGCCUGAAACCCGUCACUGAGAUCGGCCACAACGAGAUCUACGGCGCCGAUAUCGACUCGGCGAUCCCGGCGACGAAGCUACAGUGGGUGGAAGGAUACAACCUCCUGAUGGCGUCCGGGUCCCACAGCGGCCCCUCGGGCGUCUCCGGGAACGUGAGGCUGUGGGACGUGCGGUCAGGGAACGUGGUGUGGGAGAUGCCGGAGAAGGUGGAUUGCUUCGCAGACGUGGCAGUUUCUGAUCCCCUAUCAGUGAUCUUCAAGGUCGGGGUGAACUCCGGCGAGGCCUUCUACAUUGAUCUGCGAAAUUUGAGCAGUGGAGGAAACACGAGCAACACGUGGGUGUGUCUCGGUGAUAAGAGGAAAGUGACGAAUGGGAAGAAGGAAGGGAUUGGGUGCAAGGUGGAGACGCAGGGGAACCAAGUGUUCUGCACCAAAGGUGGUGACGUGGAGCUUUGGUCGGAGGUGGUUAUGGGGAACAAGAAGGUUGGUGAGAGUGUGUCCGUUGAGGGAGGGAGGAUUUUCAAGAAGAACCUCAUGGGUAGGGUCCAGGAUAUGGGUGGUGCCAAAAUUACCAAUUUAGCCUUCGGUGGUAGCAGGAUGUUCCUCACUAAGAGGGACCAACACUUUGUUGAAGUUUGGCAGAGUUCGUCUAGGGAGCUUUGAAUUCCUUCAUUACAUUCCUUAAAUUAAUUUGUUUGGCAUAGUUCAGAGAAUGCUACCAAGUAACUUGUAAAUGUAAAUGAACACUCCUUUGUACA